AUGCCUCUGUGGGAUUGCGAUUUCGAGGGCUGCGAUGGGCCAGCUGUCCGCAAUGUUGGUGAUUGCGUGCUCUGCAACCGCCACCUGUGUUCCACACAUAUCCGACCCGGCCUCCACAGCUGUCCCCAGUGGAAGGACGCGGAUGCUUACGACCCCGCGGCCAAAGAUGCCGAGAGGCGUGAACUCACCAAGCUGAUCGAAAAGAUAGACACCCAUGCUCUUGCCGCUCGAGCUAGCCUCGUACGGCAUGGCAUGCGUUGCACUAUCCCGCCUCUCCAGUAUGACAGAGCAACACGAAGCAGCGUGAUGGGAGGAAUGAACUAUCAUAUCGAGGUUCGCUUUGAUGACGGAAUCGUUUGGCUUGCCCGCAUCCGCCGGUUCAACACCACUUCGCCUCCGACAGCAGUGCGAGACUACAUCAUCCGAAGUGAAGUCGCAACCCUCAUGUUUCUUGCGCAGACAGGUGUACCAGCCCCUAGAGUGUACGAUUUCGCACUCGAACAUCCAGAUAAUCCUGUCGGAGCUGGCUACAUUCUGAUGGAGAAGUUGCCGGGCAAGUCUCUGAGAUGGUCCAUCGCAACCCAGCAGGAGAGGGAGAAGGUUAUGAGCCAGCUUGCGGAGACGUUUGUUGAACUGCACAAGUACCCGUUUGACCUCCUCGGAUCCCUUGAUACCCCGGGCGCUUCUCAAGUCGGCGCACUUGCUCGAGAAUCACUCACCGACUUUGUCCAAUCCGGAAUGCGCACCAUAGGGCCUUUCUCCUCAUUAGAAGACUAUCAUUUAUCCUCACUGCGACUCAUCUUGGACUUGAUCCUUCGCGAAGAAAUGUAUUCACAACUGGCAGUAGACGCCUACUUAAUCCACCGCUGCCUCGUUGACUUGGUCCCUCAAGUCUUGCCGUCAGUUGAGCACGACAAGAAGUUCUACCUGAAGCACGCAGACGACAAAGGGGAUCACAUCCUCGUGGAUGAGGAUUUCAACGUCACCGGCAUCAUUGACUGGGAGUGGGCCCAUACUGCAUCACCUGCACAUGCUUUUAAUUCUCCGAUUGGGCUCCUGCCUGUUGCGGACUUCUACGAUGGGAAGAACAACCUGGGUUACGAUGAGAUGGUUUUCGCAAGCUUGCUGGAGGAAAAGGGACGCCAAGAUCUAGCCACGUAUGUUCGGAAUGGCCGACUCCAGCAUAGGUUCGCAUUCUGCUGCGGGUAUGAUCUUGAUGCAGAUUGGGAUGGGUUCCAAGGCCUUUUCCGCGACCUUCGAGACGCUGUUGGCGUGGACAAGGGCUUAGAAUGGGACGAGUGGAAGGCCUCUGCGUUGGAGCGUUAUCAGGAGGAUUCUGGGUUGCAGGCGCUUUUGAGUAGACAUGGAAAACCCACCGGGUAAAAUUAGACUACCUGAAUGUCAGCAAAAUGCGCCGGAGCCGUCUCUGUGAGUAGAUAUACACGCAGCAGUUGACUGGGGC